AUGCCCGAAGUGGUGUGUAUCGGCCUGGGCGGCCGUAGCAAGAUUCACUUAGACCCCAAUAGCUGUGAUGUGACCGUUGGACCUGAGUGCGUGGGGUGUUUCUUGAUCGAGAAGGCUCUCGUCUUCGGGGGACCUGUCCUCACCGCAACGGAUAUCGUAGUUGCUUCUGGAGCAGCUCAUCUGGGCGACCUCAGUAAGGUAUCUAACAUCGAUUCGUGCCAGACAGUACUGGCCGACGAAAUUGGUGGUGGGAAUGGUUUGAGCACCUUUUUAAUGGGGUUAGGAUACGAUAUCCCGGUCAUUGAUGGCGACACGAUGGUACGGGUCUUUCCCACAAUCGACCUUGUACCUCUACGGCCCAUCACUGCAUGUUCACUCACCGAUGCCAGGGGUAACACUUCAAUUUUGAUGAAAGCAGACUCUGCCACUCGUGUGGAAGAUGUCUUACGAGUCACAGCUACUGAGGUUGAUUCGGGCUGUGCAGUUUGCGCACGACCGUUGACAGGCGACAUCAUUCGAAAGUACGCGGUUCCGAACACCGCCUCUCAAGCCUGGUAUCUUGGCCGAGCGGUGCACCUAGCUAGAAAGAACAAGAGUAAGCCCAUUGAUGCCAUUGUAAGUUUACCUCAUAUCUUGGAUAUCUUUGAGGCCAACUUUCUGACAGCAUAUGAGCAGUUUACGAGCACUCCCGGAAAAUUACUGUUCGAGGGUAAAAUCAUCGACGUACGACGCGCAAUCGGCGAUGGGUACACGAUGGGUAGUGCUUUACUGGUGCCUUCGAAUGCAGAUAAGGAUAGUACAGUGCCACCGGAAAAAAGGAUCACAUGA